AUGUAUAAUCUGGCGAAGGGUCUACUGAACGUAUCUUUUGAAAAUAUGUUUUCGGGAACAAGACCUGACCGAAUGUAUGUCGCUUUUGCGCUUUCACAAGCAGUGGCUGGAGAUUUUACAAAGAACCCCUAUAAUUUUCAACAUUUUAACAUUACCCAGAUAGCUCUGUACAGUGAUGGUAAUCCUGUAGGGAAUACACCUAUAAAACUUAAUUUUGAUGGUACAAAAGGACACAGUAUUGUUUCAGCUUACGUAAAUCUAUUCGACAAUGCAGGAAAAUGGUUCUUUGAUGGAGGGAACUCAAUCACAAGGAAACAGUUUUCUGAAGGAGGAAAUGUCAUAUUCUGCUUCGAUCUAGAACCCACUUUCGAACAAGGGGAAUAUUUAACAUUACUUAAGCAGGGUAAUGUACGCUUAGAAGUACAGUUUGGUUCCGCCCUGCCAGAGACAGUUACUGCUAUCGUUUGGGGGCAAUACUCUGCUCUUUUUGAGAUUAACCAGGCCAGAGAUAUAAUAACCUCGUAA